AUUCUGGCAUUCACCCUUCCAGACGCUUACACUCUCAAGAAUCCCACACCUUCUCUCUUCCUUAAUCCUUACUAAACGGUCCUCCCGCACCUUCUUUAUACCCCGCCUUCCGAUUUUAGCGCUCUAUUUCUCUCUUAUGGCCACGGACCCAAUCUAGGAUUUCACAGAGCCCUGCAAACGAGUUAGUUGGAAAGAAGAGGCCGCAAUGUAUGCAAGGAGAAUAAAGUGUAGGCACCAAAGAUGGGGGUUUGUGUUUCGGCCACCCAAAGAUUGGAAUUGGGCCAACUGCAGGGAACAUGCUUAUACUCACUCUUUGAGUCAUACAUCUUUGACAAGAAGCUACUCUUCACAUAAUAGUUUGAUCAAAAGACAUUUUUUAGAUUCUGUAACAUCCAGAGGUUUUGCUGCUGGUGGUAUUUACAGUGGUUUGCAUGGGAGGCUUUGGAUGUGUAUAAAGAGUUGUCAGCUACGUGUCUAUAGUUCUGAAGGUGAUGGAAGGAAUGCGAGCGAGGAGAAACAUAUCCCCAUCAAAGAUGGAAAUAACAUUGAUAAGGGAAAGAUACGGCGAGAAAAAUCUAGCGAAGUUGUGAGGCGUUCUGAUGCACAUGCUCAGCUUGGGGAACAAGAUCAACAAGAAUGGCUUGCCAAUGAGAAGCUUGCUAUUGAGAUUAAGAAGAAGGAAUCACCUUUUUUGACCAGACGUGAGAAGUUCAAAAAUGAGUUUUUGUGGAGGAUUGUUCCAUGGGAGAAGAUAUCAGUAUCUUGGGAGACAUUUCCUUAUUACCUUAAUGAAGACAACAAAAAUCUUUUGGUGGAAUGUGCUGCCUCUCAUUUAAAACAUAAGAAGCUUGCUGCUUCUUAUGGUGCUCGGUUAACUUCUUCAAGUGGGAGAAUAUUGCUUCAGAGCAUUCCAGGCACUGAACUUUACCGAGAGAGACUAGUGAGAUCACUUGCUCGGGAUCUGCAAAUUCCCCUACUGGUCCUUGACAGCAAUGUUCUUGCUCCUUAUGAUUUUGGUGAUGAUUCUGCGUCUGAGUGUGAAUCAGAUAAUGAUGCAGAAUCUGGGGAAGAGUGUACUUCAGAAUCAGAAGCUGAGGAUGAAAAUGAUAUGAGCAAUGAAGAAGCGUGGUCUAGCAGUGGUGAGGCAAAUGCAGAUGGUAGUGAUAAUGAGGAAGUUGAUGUACAAGCAACUGCUGAAGCAGCUUUAAAGAAGCUUAUUCCAUACAGCCUUGAAGAAUUUGAAAAGAGGGUCUCUGGAGAAUCUGAGAGUUGCUCAGAGUCCACAAAGUCCGAGACUGUUGAAUGUUCUGAUAAAUCUAGGCGCCCACUAAAGAAAGGUGAUCGGGUAAAAUACACUGGGCCUUCUGUACGCAUUGAAUCGGAUAACAGGAUAAUAUUGGGGAAGAUACCAACUUCUGAUGGUCCAAAAAAUGCUUAUACAAGUAUUCGUGGCAGGCCUUUAUCAAAUGGUCAACGUGGGGAGGUAUAUGAGGUGAAUGGUGAUCGCGUUGCUGUCGUUUUGGAUAUUUGUGAAAAGAACUCUAAUGAAGAGGAGGAGAAACUCAAAGAAGAGCCUUCAAAACCUUCGAUUUAUUGGAUAGAUGUUAAGGAGAUAGAGCAUGAUCUUGACAUGCAGAUAGAAGAUUGCUUUGUCGCAAUAGAGGCUUUGUGCGAGGUUUUGAGAUCCAUGCAACCCCUCAUUGUCUAUAUUCCAGACUCUUCUGAAUGGUUGUCUAGAGCAGUUCCCAAGUCAAAUCGUAAGGAGUUUGUCCAUAAGGUGCAGGGAAUGUUUGACUCAUUAUCAGGUCCAGUUGUUCUGAUCUGUGGGCAGAACAUAGUUGAAUCGGGAUUGAAGGAGAAGGAUAAAUUUACGAUGAUACUCCCAAAUCUUGGGCGCCUUGCUAAGUUGCCUCUCCCUUUAAAGCAUCUUACUGAGGGUCUUAAGGCAACGAAGAGAUCUGAUGAGAACGAAAUAUAUAAGCUCUUCAAUAAUGUUUUCUGCAUAUAUCCGCCCAAGGAGGAAGAUAAUCUUAGAACAUUCAAUAAACAGGUUGAAGAAGACAGGAGGAUUGUGAUAACACGGAGCAGUUUGAAUGAGUUGCAUGGGGUUCUUGAGGACCAUGAGCUGUCAUGCAUGGAUCUAUUGAAUGUAAAUAUAGAUGGCGUGAUGUUGACAAAAAGAAAAGCAGAGAAAGUUGUUGGCUGGGCUAAAAAUCAUUACUUGUCUCACUGUCAGCUUCCAUCAGUAAAAGGCGGAAGGUUGCAUCUUCCACGUGAAAGCCUUGAAAUGGCAAUUUUGAGGUUGAAGGAGCAAGAAGAAUUGUCUCGAAAGCCCUUGCAAAGUUUGAAGAACAUUGUGAAGGAUGAAUACGAAAGCAACUUUAUUUCUGCAGUGGUUCCACCUGGUGAAAUUGGUGUCAAAUUUGAUGAUAUAGGUGCUCUAGAAGAUGUAAAGAAGGCACUGAAGGAACUUGUCAUUCUUCCAAUGAGGAGACCAGAGCUUUUCUCUCAAGGAAACCUGUUGAGGCCUUGCAAAGGAAUAUUGCUUUUUGGGCCUCCUGGAACUGGGAAAACCCUUCUCGCCAAGGCUCUUGCCACAGAAGCAGGGGCCAACUUCAUCAGUAUAACUGGUUCAACACUUACUUCGAAGUGGUUCGGAGAUGCUGAAAAGCUUACCAAGGCUCUCUUCUCCUUUGCCAGCAAGCUUGCUCCUGUCAUUAUAUUUGUUGAUGAGGUUGACAGUCUGCUUGGUGCUCGUGGUGGUGCCUCUGAGCACGAGGCAACUAGAAGAAUGAGAAAUGAGUUCAUGGCGGCUUGGGAUGGAUUGAGGUCCAAAGACAGCCAAAGAAUCCUCAUUCUGGGCGCCACAAAUCGACCUUUUGACCUUGAUGAUGCUGUUAUACGUCGCUUACCAAGAAGGAUAUAUGUAGACCUACCAGAUGCUGAAAAUCGUAUGAAGAUUUUGAAAAUAUUUCUUUCGCAAGAGCAUCUAGAAUCUGAAUUUCAGUUUGACAAACUUGCUUAUGCAACUGAUGGAUACUCUGGUAGUGAUUUGAAGAAUCUUUGUAUUGCUGCAGCAUAUAGACCUGUCCAAGAACUUUUAGAGGAAGAAAAAGAGGAGUGCAGAAAUGUUGCAGAUCCGGUCUUAAGACCACUUAGCUUGGAUGAUUUUAUUCAGUCAAAAGCCAAGGUCGGGCCAUCGGUUGCGUAUGAUGCUGCAAGCAUGAAUGAGCUGAGGAAAUGGAAUGAACAGUAUGGAGAAGGUGGAAGUAGGAGAAAAUCACCAUUUGGUUUCGGAGACUAAUUUUACUGGCAUAUCAUUAAUUUAUUCUUGGGAAAAAGGGGCCCCUUUUCUUGGUGGUGUUGUACUCCCUAGAGGAAAUCUCCCCUUUUCAUCCUUUUUGAGCGGAUGAAGGAGAAGAAGGUCUUGUCUUGUAUCCCAUGCAAUAAAGUUGCUAUAUAGAAUAGUUUUCUUUUCCCUCAUCCAAAAAUUUUUGGCCCUUAGUUGUGCCUUCUAUAAAAUUGCUAAUCUUAGACAAGUUUUUUCCCAACUGUAGGAUAGUAUAUUUAACAAUUUUGAACAGCCUCCAAUCCCUUAUCAAAAGAUUAUAUUUGGUAGUA